ACUACUUCCCUGCCAGCAGCUUCAUUGUGUGCGCGAGGAGCGGCGGCGGAGCGGGCCGGCGAGGCGCAGCCCGAGCGGCGGGGAGAGCGCGUCGGAGAGGGUGCGAGGCGGCGCCCGCGGCUGCGCUCCGCCCGCCUCCCGGCAACUCUGCCCCAGCGCCGCGCGCCGUGCGUCCCGCCCCGCCGCAGGCACCGCCGCCACCGGCGGGGCCCCUCCGGCUGCCGUCGCGGGCAGGGGGCUGGUCCGGACGGGGUUCCUGCCCGGGGACCGGGGCAUCCCGGGCGCAGUCGAGAGGCGCGGAGCCCCCGGGGGCGCACGUUGCGCUGCAUCGUCCGCCCACUUCGCGGCGUGGGCAGGCGGGAGGUGGGCUCUGGCGCGCCCCGAGGGCAGGGCGCCCCACUUCUCUGCGGAAGCUUCAAGCCCGUGGAGCGCACAGAGUGAGCGCACCGCGGCCGCCCCGGACCUUGCGCUCAUUCCCCGCGUACCCGACUUCAGCACAAACUUUUCUGACGCCCUCGCCCGUGGGGGUCGCAGAGAGAGCUGGGGCUGCCCGCUGGGCGCCCGCCCUGCCGGACCCCAGCCACGCCGACCUCCUGCCUCUCGUAGCCUCAGUGGCGACCUCUCCAGGCCGGGCCGGGCACGGCACUCGGGGCGAGCGUAGCGAGCUCCGUCGCUCUCCAAAGGCACCCGCGCCCCCCGGGGCAGCUGGGCGGGGUAAUGCCCUCGGUGAUGGAGAAGCCGAGCGCGGGCUCUGGGAUCCUGUCCCGCAGCCGGGCCAAGACGGCGCCCAACGGUGGACAACCCCACUCGGAAGAUGACAGCAGCGAGGAGGAGCACUCGCACGACAGCAUGAUCCGCGUUGGAACCAAUUACCAGGCCGUAAUUCCGGAGUGCAAGCCUGAGAGCCCCGCGCGCUACAGCAACAAGGAGCUGAAGGGGAUGCUGGUGUGGUCGCCCAACCACUGUGUGUCAGAUGCCAAGCUUGACAAGUACAUUGCAAUGGCCAAGGAGAAACACGGUUACAACAUUGAGCAGGCACUGGGCAUGCUCUUGUGGCACAAACAUGACGUGGAGAAGUCGCUGGCUGACCUAGCCAACUUCACCCCAUUCCCUGACGAGUGGACGGUAGAGGACAAGGUGCUAUUUGAACAGGCCUUUGGCUUCCAUGGCAAGUGCUUCCAGCGUAUCCAGCAGAUGCUGCCGGACAAACUGAUCCCCAGCCUGGUGAAGUAUUACUACUCUUGGAAGAAGACCCGCAGCCGAACCAGCGUGAUGGACAGGCAGGCCCGGCGACUAGGGGGCCGCAAGGACAAAGAAGACAGUGAUGAGCUUGAAGAGGGCCGAGGAGCCGUGAGUGAGGGAGAGCCAGACGCUGGAGACUCCAAGAGAGAGCUUCUGCCCUCUCGGCCCCUGAAUGCCCGCCCAGGCCCUGGGAAGAAGGAGGUCCAGGUGUCCCAGUAUCGCCACCACCCGCUGCGGACCCGGCGGCGCCCACCCAAGGGCAUGUACCUGAGCCCCGAGGGCCUCACUGCUGUGUCGGGAAGCCCAGACCUUGCUAACCUCACGCUUCGAGACCUGGACUCCCAGCUCGUCUCCCUCAAGCGCCAGGUGCAAAGCAUGAAGCAGACCAAUAGCAGCCUCCGCCAAGCUCUGGAAGGUGGCAUUGAUCCACUCCGCCCCCCUGAGGCCAACACCAAGUUCAACUCCCGCUGGACCACAGAUGAGCAGCUUUUGGCUGUACAAGCCAUCCGUAGGUAUGGCAAAGACUUUGGGGCUAUUGCAGAGGUGAUUGGGAACAAGACUCUGACCCAGGUGAAGACCUUCUUUGUGAGCUACCGGCGCCGCUUCAAUCUCGAGGAGGUGCUGCAGGAAUGGGAGGCCGAGCAGGAUGGGGCCCCUGGAGCCCCAGUCCCCAUGGAGGAGGCUAGGAGAGGGGCUCCCUUGCCAGCCCCAGCCCUAGAGGAAGAUGAUGAGGUCCAGAUUACAUCUGUCUCCACAUCUGUGCCUCGGUUGGUGCCCCCUGCACCACCGCCCCCUCCACCUCCCACCGCGCUGUCCCAGCCACCCCCACUGCUGCGGCCACCCCUGCCCACGGCGCCCACUCUGCUUCGUCAGCCCCCUCCACUACAGCAGGGCCGCUUCCUCCAGCCCCGGCUGGCCCCCAACCAGCCCCCGCCACCGCUCAUCCGCCCUGCUCUGGCUGCCUCCCGCCACAGCGCCCGCUCGGGCCCCCAGCCCCCACCCACCCUGAUUGGACCCCCUCUGGAGCCCCCGGCGCCCUCACUCUGAGCCCUGCGGUCCUUCACCAACCAGAAGCUCCUUCGCUGGACAUCCCUGGGCACCUCCACCAUCACUGAGGACAGAAGGGACCAGGGCUCUGGGCAGGAAGACCCAGAGCUCUCAAUGGGCACAGCCUGGACCUGUGGGCUCUGCAUGCAACCCUGGCAGCCGAACCUGGCUCCCCAGCCAGGGGCCGGGGCUGGCCUUCUGAGCCGGCCAGAGGGUCUGCUUUCUGCUUCCAGGCUGGGACUGGAAUGGCUGCUGGGGCUUGGCCUUUGGGCCCUGCCCUUUGUGUGGGGGGUAGUGACUGUAGCAUGGAGGUGGGUGGGGGAGAGGACUGUCUGGUGUGUGGGCUGUUCUCCUUCCUCUUUCCCUUCUUUUAGCAAUAAAUCUGGGGUGAGUUGGGGAGGGGGGCUUUUGCGGGGAGAGGUGGGCAGAGGUUCCUCAGGGCCUGACAGCAGCAGAGGCUGGAGGGGAAUCGCUCAUCUUCAAGGGUGGGUGGAGCGCUGAGGCACCGAGGGUGCCUGCUGCACCCACUGCCCAAACUUGGAGAAAGGGGGGUGGUCAGGAACUUCACGCAGACCUGGGUUUAUUUUUCAACGUUUUUAAAAAAUAAAAAAAAA